UCUUAUUUUUCACGGACAGCGGGACGAGUUUUUGAAUUUCCAGGAUGAUUGAAAAUUUCAGUUAUUCAUCAUGGUGCUCGACGGGUCAUGAAGUCAUCGAAAAAGAUCAUCUCGACAUAUAGAAUGAGUGUCUUUUCAGCAACUUAUUCGGAGCAGUAAGGAGGCGCGGGGCAACAGGUGUUUCUGUUAUGGGCUCACAUGGGAAAUAUCAAACGGGCGGUGGCGGGCAAAGACAUGCGUUGCUAUUGUUUUGCGGCAAAUCUCCAAAGCUUGGAAACAGGGUCCGGGAAAUACCUUUUUGGAAAGGUGGAGUUGGUCAUGAUUUUGGGUGCGGGCAGCUGGCGAGCCUCUGCAUUGUUUUGUUGCCUGUAUUAUUGGGCUUGAGCGAUGCGGACGGGAACACGCGCGCAGCAGUGUUUUUGUUUCUUGGAUUUAUUGUGGCAUCUUCUCUUAUUUCAUUAUUCGAAGAUGGACUGUUCCUAUUGCUCUCCCGGGGGAAGCACAGAGCUUCUUUUGCAUCUCGGCACACUGGGAAACGAAUGGUGGUGGUGUGGAUUCACCCUCGUCUGGAGCACUUUUUCGCGAGCACUUCGGGAUAGUUGUGUUUUUGCUGGGAAGCGGGAUGACACGAUCUAUCGGCUUCUCGUGUGGUUUUCUGGAUCUGGUGAACGGGGAUACCAUUGGGGGGGCUGUUCAGGAAAGGAAAUGCUCAAGACGUGGAAAGGUGUUCAAGAGGGUCGGACUAGACUUGUCCGAUCUUGUGGCGCGAAGCCAGCAAGGCGCAAUGCAAUAUACGAUACGUUCAUCUCAAAAUCGGUCUUUUACCCUCUCGUGUCAAGUGAUGCACUUUCGCCAUGCCGUGGGUGCCCAAGGGGUGGCACGGAACAGCAUCUCGCGCGCGGUCGGAUGAGCUUGUGCCUUGAUCGUCGCCGGCUUCCUGACGGAUUUUACGAGUCACGAUAUCGAGCCGGCCCAGUCGGAAGAGGAGAUAUUGUGUUCCAGGACAAAGCGAUGACAGGAUCCCGCGGGGGUGUGCCUUUGACGCUUGCCGCCCAGUUAGCUAGCUACCGUUCCUGCUUUCUCUCUGCUCCGCUCCGCCCCUAAUAAGCGACUCUGCUAAUAAUGCCGUGCAGGAUAUCUGUACAUAAGAGGCGUCUACUAUUGAAAUGGGUAAGGACGGGCGGGCUGAUGCUGAGCCUCGCCCGCGACUGUAAGACCCCGGCCCUCCCCCUCUCCUCCCCUCCUCCCCCUCUCCUCCCCUCCUCCCCCUCUCCUCCCCUCCUCCCCUUGUUCGAGCGGCCUGGGCUGAGUUGCGGCUGGGGCGAAAUGAGGGGUAGCAAGCAACCUGACGUACUACUAGAUGACAGGAAGGCAAGCAAGC